GUUAGUUAACAGACUGACUUUGAAACGUUCGCACGCAGGUCGCAUUAACGAGAUUUUUGUUGUGAACAAGUCUUUUUGAGUUUUUGAGUUGAGAAUUUUUCGAAUUCAAUACUUUGACGAUUUUUCAACCAAGCGGACGUGUUUUAUACGCGCGUGUGAAGGUGACUGAGAGCAAGUGUACGUGCGUGCGUGUGUGUGUGUAAUACUCCGUCUGUGCAUGUGUGUGUGUGAUGAGUGAUAAACGAGCGAAUUAAUUAAGAGAUAAUCAAAACAAAUUAACUGCACACACACUUACGGAUUCCUGAUGUCAAGUCAAGCCAUGUUUCAGUAAAAUAAACAAUCCAAAAGACGCAAAACGCAACGGCAACGGCAACGCAAGUGAACGAACAACCGAGAAACGACUUUUCCACUGAAGGCUUUAUGUUAAAGCUUUCGACAACAACAGCAACUAGCAUGACAGUGACUGGGCUCCGCCAAACAAUGACCAGCCCGACGGUGCCGCCAAUUACGACGCUCAGCCAAAGCAGCUCGGGGAGCAGCAGCAGCAGCAACGGCGGCGGCGGCGGCAGUGCCAACAACAGCUUGACCUCCGCUUCCCUGCAUGGCAGUGGGAGUCCCAUAGUCCAUCCUUUGACCAGUCCCAGUCCCACAUCUCCGUCGGCACUUUUGUUGGCCCAUCAGCAGCAUUUACUGGCCCAGCAGCAUCAACAGCAGCAGCAACAACAACAACAGCAGCAACAGCAGCAGCAGCAGGCGGCUCAUCAUCAUCAUCUCCACAAGACCACCUCCAGAUUGAGCAAUUUCAGUGUGGCCUCCUUGCUGGCCGAUACACGGCCCCGCACACCCACCCAACAAUCCCAGAAUAGCGAUGGACCCACGAAUCUCUCAACUUCUCCACUCUCACAAGGCAGUGCAGCGGGCACGCCGCCACCACCGCCUCCAGGCCCGCAUCCAGCUGCCUUCCAUCCAGCCGCUGCCGUAGCCCACCAUGCCCAUUUACUGCAUGCCGCCCAUGCGGCUGCGGCGGCACAUGCCCAACACCAGCAGCAGCAGGCAGCGGCCAUGGCCCAGCAAUUGCGGCAGGCCCAGGCCCAGGCUCAGGCCCAAGCCCAAGCACAGGCCGAGGCAAGAGCCAAUUCUCCACCCGCAUCCAUUACCACCAGUUCCACGCCAAGCACCACGCCAGUGAUGACAACGACAAUAGCAGGAUCAGCGGCAGCCACUUCCACGCCCGCCAAAAGUGAAAGACACUCGCCGCUGGGCAGCAGUCACACGGACUCGGAAUUGGAAUACGAUGAGGACAUGCUGCACGAGCACGACGGUGACAAUGAGCACGACGAGGAGGAGGACUCCAUUGUUGAUAUCGAAGACAUGAAUGCCGACGAUUCGCCGCGAUCGACGCCCGAUGGCCUGGACAGCAGUAAAUCCCUGGAAAGCGGCCAUGGCGGCAGUACACCGGGUUCCCAAAUGCCAACGGCAAUUCUUUCGCCAGCCGCUCUGGCCGCCUCCGGUCAUGUGCCCAUACGACCAACACCGUUCAGUGCUUUGGCUGCAGCUGCUGUUGCCUGGGGAGGAAUGGGUGGCGGUGUUCCAUGGCCAGGAGCAAGACAAAUGCCCCCAUUCGGACCGCCAGGCUUGUUUCCCGGACAAGGAUUCGGUGGAGAUGCCAAUGAACCGCCUCGUAUUAAAUGCAAUUUACGAAAACAUAAACCCAAUCGCAAGCCCCGCACUCCCUUCACCACACAGCAACUCCUUUCGCUGGAGAAGAAAUUCCGGGAGAAACAAUAUCUGAGUAUUGCCGAGCGGGCCGAGUUCUCGUCGUCGUUGCGUCUCACCGAGACUCAGGUGAAAAUUUGGUUUCAAAAUCGCCGAGCCAAGGCCAAGCGGCUGCAGGAAGCGGAAAUUGAGAAAAUCAAAAUGGCCGCCUUGGGACGCGGUGCACCGGGAGCACAAUGGGCCAUGGCUGGUUAUUUUCAUCCCAGUUUGAUGCAUUUAGGAUAAGUGGCGGCCAAGUUGGUGGGCGGCAAUGACCACCACCAACAACAGCAGCAACAACAACAGCAGCACAAGUCCAUUGAUAGCAGACAGAUUGUUAACCAAAUAACCAAUAAGCCAAUUUCCCCUCCCCCCUCCCAAUGAGCCAAGAGAGCACGACGUGAGUGGAAACCCCCCCAAAAUUUUGCUGUGAUGUUAGAGCAUUUUACUUUAUUCAUAUUCUCAAAUGUUUGAAACUAAAAUGCACUCUGUAAAUAAUGUAAGCAUACGACGGAGACGAUGGAGACGAUGACGUUACCAUAUCCAAAUAUAUAUAGUUAACCGAUAUAUUGUAUAUAUAAAACAAACACAAAAGCAAGCGAGAAAAUGUUUCCUAA